GAAGGGGCAACUGAGACCACGUGAUCAAAAGUUACUAAACUUCUGCGUGUCUGUUUGUAUUUUCAGACGAAUGCUGCUUUAAAACAAAAUAUCACGGGCAACUUUCGCAGCGUAAAGGGGAAUUUGAACACAGCUACCAUGCCACCUCCACCAGCUUCAAACCUGGGAUAUACCCCUCCUGAUGGUGGAUGGGGAUGGGCAGUUGUAUUCGGCGCUUUCAUUUCCAUAGGAUUUUCCUAUGCUUUCCCUAAAGCUUUAACUAUCUACUUCAAAGAAAUCCAGGAGUACUUUUCCAUCUCCUACAGUGAAAUAGCCUGGCUAUCUUCUAUAAUGUUGGCAGCUAUGUAUGGUGGAGGCCCUGUUAGCAGUAUACUUGUAAACCGCUAUGGCAGCAGGCCGGUGGUCAUCGCUGGAGGAAUCAUGUGUGCAGUUGCAAUGGUAUCUGCCUCUUUUGGCACAAAUGUCAUUCACUUGUAUAUCUGCACUGGACUCAUUGGAGGAUUUGGCCUUGCCUUCAAUCUCCAGCCAUCUCUGACAAUUAUUGGGAAAUACUUUUUGAAAAGAAGACCAAUAGCUAAUGGCCUCGCCAUGGCAGGAAGCCCAGUGUUCCUUUGUGCCCUGGCCCCCCUAAAUCAAUUCCUGUUUGACACUUUUGGCUGGAGAGGCAGCUUCUUCAUUCUGGGUGCCAUGUUGUUAAACUGUUGCGUGGCUGGUGCUCUCUUUAGGCCUAUUGGAGCACCACCUAAACAAAUCCAGAAACAGACGGAUAAAGAGCUUAACGUGCCCAGCAAAGACGACAUCACCAAAGGAGGCACAGCUGAAAAAGUUAAUUCCCAAGUUGUAAGCUUGGUGGCUGGGAAGGACCAGCAAGAAAAGCAGGACUGCUGUCAGAAGAUCAAUAAGUUUAUAGAUCUUUCACUUUUCAAACACAGGGGCUUCCUCAUCUACCUUGUAGGAAACAUCAUCAUGUUCUUUGGUUUCUUCGCACCCAUUGUUUUCUUGGCACCUUAUGCCAAGCACCUUGGAAUCGAUGAAUACUCAGCUGCAUUCCUGCUCUCCAUUCUCGCCAUUGUUGACAUGAUUGCCAGACCUGGCACUGGCUUGAUUGCUAACACCAAAUGGAUAAGGCCAAGGAUUCAGUAUUUUUUCAGUUUUUCAGUUGCAUUUAAUGGCGUCUGUCACCUUCUUUGCCCUUUGGCAACAGGGUAUUCAGGACUGGUUGUAUACGCAGUAUUCUUUGGUUUGGCGUUUGGCAUGGUCUGUGCCUUGCUAUUUGAGACUCUUAUGGACCUUGUGGGAGCACAACGCUUCUCCAGUGCUGUUGGACUUGUGACCAUCAUUGAGUGCUGCCCUGUUCUUCUAGGACCCCCACUUGGAGGUGCCCUUGUGGAUGCUUUUGAUGACUACAAGUACAUGUACUAUGUGUGUGGAGCUGUUAUGCUGUUUGCUGGCCUUUUUCUUUUUAUUAUGAACUUUUAUAACUACAGGAUGUUGGAAAAGGAGGAGAAGCAAAGGCAAUACAAAGAGGUGGAGAUGAAGAAUGCAGAAGACUUGCCGAAAGCUGAAGAAGGCAAUAUUAAGGACAAAGAUGAUGAGGAAAAUGGAAAACCUUCCAUUGAGGAGGUAGAUAUCGAGAAACAUGAAACAAUAUUGAGCCAAACCUAAAAUAAGAGGGACACGCUUAAGUAUUGGAAGCAAUACAACACUGCCUUAAACCAAAUGUUUUGGGCAACCGUUGACUGUAGAUGUAUCUUCUAACAAUAAGACCAAUAUGAUAAACCACCUUUCAGAGGCCUUAAUGGCACAGCAAGUUACCGUUGAUUUUGUACUGCAUCCUAGAGAUAUGUCUGUAAAAAUAUGAAUUUGGGCAAAACAAAUACAGAUUGUGUCUGGUACACACAAAUACCUAAGGUGCAAAAGAUUAUUAGAAAAAAAAAGGUAAUUAAAGAAAAAUAAACAACAAUAAAACAAGUGGUUUUAGUUUAAAAAAAAAAAAAAAAACUACAGCAAUACAUGAUCGAAAGAGCAUGCCACAUGCAGGCAUGUUAACACUUUUAAUAAACAGUAAAAAUGCCUCUAGCCCCUUUCACUCUGGUACUCCUACCUGGGUCCUGGCUACCCUGGUCACAAUCCCGCAUAGUGUGGAACCACGUACCUGGGUCGUUCCUGAAUUAACCCGUGUCCCAGCGACCCAUUUCAAGAUGUGGGUUGACAGCUGUGACCCGGGUUGAGAUAGACAAAAUGCAUGACGGCCGAUGAAAUAACAAACAGCCAAACCUGCGUGAAGGUUUCACUUCUGCAAGGAAUGUUUUUGUUUAUUCUGUUUAGCCAUAUUUUUGUUGCCUGAAACACACCAUGAGCCAGAUCGCAGCAGGGAUAAAGAAUAAUUUGCUCUAAUCAAAAUUUGGGCCGACGGUUCAAUCCAGAGAAGCUUGGAUGGAAGUGUCUGUAACAAACUGCUUCCGGGGCACUGAUACACGCAUUGUGUACUUGCGUCUGUCACCCAGGUCAACCCUGCUUUUAUCAAAAGCAGUCUGAAAUCGCGUAGGUUCCGACCCGGGUAGAGUAUGCCAGUGUGAAAGGGGCUUAAGGUUUUACUAUGGGGAUUCAUCAGAUUGGUCACAAUAGAAAGUGCCUUUUAUGGCAAAAUCAUGUAACCCAGGUGCCCAAAGGAAUUUGUUAGUGGUAAUACUUAAAAGGAUUACUUAUCUUAAAUUUUAAGAUUUAAAGGAUUUUAGAUCUGUUUUAUUUAAGAUUUCUAAAUUUUAGUAUUUUUUAGGUAUUGUUGAGGGUAUUUUCUUGUUGCGACUUUGCAAAUUAUAAAACUAUGUACAAAUUUGUCAGAUUUCACAACCAUUUUUAUUUUAUUAAACUGUUGCCUCAAUAGUCAACUUCUAACUUUUGUCUGUUUAACUAAACCAAUAAUGUUAAUAGGAGGCAGUACAGUACAGAAUUCAAAUUAGAGAUUGCAUUGACUGGGCUUACUGCUACAAAACCUGUUUCCUGGCAGGUUCCAGCCUGAGGCCCAACUGUACUUCAUAGCAUUGGGAUGAUCCAAAUAGAAGGUAUGGCUCCUAAUGAUGAGUAUCUGCAGGUGUACCUUGGUGAUGCAUGAAUUCCACAUGCUGUUACAGUGCAGACCUGAUGGGUAUCAAAGAUCCGUUUGUUAGGGUAGUGGUCACUGGUAAAGAUUUCAUCAACAUUCUAUUUUGAAAAGUUGUCUGUUGGAAAUCUGGUCAACAAUAUGAAUAUAGUGUGAAAUAAAUGUGUUUUCCCCCUUUUGAUGAAGUGUUCAUACAAGUAAAAACCAGAGUUUCAUGUUUCAUUCUAGCAAAGAAUAAUACAUUGUAAGUUAAAUCAUGGUUUAUACUGUGUGCACUAUAUUAUCAAUUAAAUAUAAGCUGUGCUCUUGU